GCCUUCGUCUUGGUUGCAGUAUGCACGGUGUUUCACUCGAUGCUUCAAUGGCGGGCACUUACCACUUAUCACUUUCCAAGUGGCCGCGGGGCCAUCUUUCCUAAGUCGGCGCAUUCCAACUUUGCAAAGCGCAUAUAUAACGCCUGCUUCAGACUCUACUUCUUUUAUAAACCCAACUCCAGCUACUUGAAUCCUAUCGAACUAUAAUGCCUCACAUCCCCGCUCGCGAGGCCGCCCGCCAUCUCAUCGCAGAAGCGCUCAGGCUUACGGACUCCACGCCCAACGAAGACCCUAUCUUCAUCUCCAUUGACGUCGAGUGGGGUGGCUUCCUCCCCAAAGACCACUCGGAGUAUAGAAAGCUGACCGAGAUUGGUCUCGCUAUACUCGACGCCCGCGACGUCCGGGGCAUCGCGCCAGGAAGGAACGUCUGCAACUGGAUGCGCAAAGCCCGGGCGAAGCACUUCCUUGCCAAGGGCUGCGAGGAGAUCGAGUCAGAUGCGGUUGAUAAUACGGGUAGGCCGCUUUAUGCGGCGAAUAACUUCGAGUUCGGAAACAGCAUCAUCGUCGAGCGCGAGGCAUUGGGAGAGGCGGUAGCAAAAGAGAUGCGGAUUCCCGAUGACGACCUUAAUCAGCAAAUCCGGGAGGACGAAGCACAGUCUCCCCGAUACCGCAAGGUUAUACUCGUCGCGCAGGGAUGGGGCAAUGAGUCUAAAUGGCUCAAGGACGCCGUGGGCCUCGACGUCGACGCAGUUGGCAUCGAAGCUAUUGCGGAUACCAUUCGGAUCCAUGCCGAGACCUGGGAUCCUAAGCCAGGGCUUACGAGGAUGAUGGAGGAGUAUGGGUGUUUGGUUCGCUAUCGACACAAUGGAGCGAAUGACGCUGUGUACACGCUCGCUGUGCUACUUAUCGGCGCGCUGUGGCGGCAAGCAUUGGCUGGGAUCCAGAAGGGCGACUGGGAGCUGAUGAAUGAGGUGUUUCCGCUGUGUCAUAUUAGGGGCGAGGAAGCGAUACAAGCGUUGAAGGAUGCUGUUACGGAGGAGAUGGGUGGCAGGUGUACGGUGUGCGAAAGGUACGGACAUUUGGAGGACGGCUGCGAGAAGAACGUCGAUGAGGAUGAGCAAGAGUCGGAAGCGAGUACGAUUGAGCAAGCUAUGAAGGAGGAGGGACCAAGCUGGAUUGCUACUGCGAAGAUGUUGGAGAUACAUAUGGGCGGGCAUGCAGUGGUGAGGUUGCGCACUUCGGCUGCACCUUUGAAAGAGCAGUAA